AUGGCCGAAUACGACCUCACACAAAAACUCAUCCCUCACCUCGACCGACAUCUUGCCAUCCCCCUCCUCAAUCACCUUUCAGAUAUCGCCAUCUUCCCUGCUGAGCAAUUAGCUAAAGCUCAGUAUGACCUCGUCAAAGGGACCAAUAUGGUCGACUACGUUGAACAGUUACAUGAGCAAGCUAAGACAGGAGAAUCAAGGGACUUCGCCAAACUGAGAGAAGAAGCCACAGCCAAAUACCAGGAAUUGCAGGAGAAGGCCCAACCAGUGAUGAAGGUGAUAGAGGAUCCGGAUGCUGUUGCCAAGUUGAGAAGUGUUGCUGACAGACAGAUUGAUAUCGAUCAAAUCAACGCAUUGUACCACUUUGGUCAAUAUCAAUACACACUCGGUGCUUAUGCUCCUGCUGCCAACUUCCUUUACCACUUUUUGAUAUUCUCUCCUUCCCUUGAUCUCAACAUUUCCGCUCACUGGGGUAAAUUAUCGUCCAAUAUCUUGUCAGGAGAAUGGGAGGCUGCUUUGGUGGAGAUAAAAGAUUUACGAGAUGCUAUCGACAACCCUCACGGAACAUCAAUGGCCAAACCUUUGGCUCAGCUACAAGCUAGAACAUGGUUACUCCACUGGUCACUGUUCGUCUUCUUCAACCUAGGCGAAGGUCAAGGUUGUCAAGGAUUACUCGACAUGUUCCUCUCCCCCGCCUACCUCAACACGAUACAGACGUCAUGCCCUCACCUCCUCCGGUACCUCGUCGCCGCUGCCAUCAUCUCACGUCGAGCGCCCAAACCCGCUGGUACCCGAGGAAACCGAGAUCAUGUCAAGGAAUUGACCAAAAUCGUUCAGAUGGAGGAAUAUCAAUACUCUGAUCCAGUUACCGGGUUCCUGAAGGAUUUGUUUGUUGACUUCGACCUCAAUCAAGCUCAGAAACGUUUGACAGUAGCGGAGAGUGUCGUACGAUCGGAUUUCUUCCUCUCGGGAUUCGCGGAUGAAUUUGUGGAGAAUGCUAGAUGGUUGAUAAGUGAGGUUUUCUGCAGGAUACAUCGAAGGAUAGAUAUCGGUGAAUUGUCCAAGACACUCAAUUUGACUAAUGAGGAGGGUGAGAAAUGGAUUGUCAACUUGAUUAGAGAUUCACGAAUGGGAGUAGAGGCCAAGAUCGAUCUGAAGGAGAACAUGCUUCACAUCACUCGACCACAUGCUACGCCAACAGCUACUCUCAUCGAAACCACGAGAGGGCUUGCUUUCCGAUCUCAAGCCAUUCAAUUUGCCAUGCAAAGUAGUGCAGGAGAUUCUCGAGGCGAACGAGGGGAGCGAGGGGACCGUGGUGGUAGAGGUGGACGAGGUGGAAGAACUCGAGGUGGAGCACCAGCCAGGGAGGAGACUGCAGCUUAG